CCCAACAAGAAAUCUUGGAAUGUUGGAUGUUGGAUGCAUGGAUACCCAUCGACCGAGAAACUGUGUCCAGCAACCUCUGGAUGGUUACGGACCAUGAGGAUCGCUUAGUAGAUAGAUCUUAGACUAUACUUGCCCGUACUAGUACGGUAGACACUGACGAAAUUGCUCAACCAAUCUCAGCAAGUUCUAAUAGUGGGAACAAGAGCAAGAACACCUGAAAUCUUCUUUGAAUUGGAUAUUGGUUCACCAUGAGGGCGUUGUCUGUGUGGAUCGUCUUGAUGGGCAGUGCAGUUGUAGUGUUGGGACAGCCGAAUGACAACCCACCAAUGGCUACUAUUUCAAAUACGGCUUUCUCCUUGGCCAAGCUGGAAAGUCUCCUGCAAGAAAAGACAAAAAUGACGACCAAUAAUAAGUUGGAGACCAAGAGCUCACUGCAAGACAACCUGGGACAGCUGACCGAGUCGGUGGAUACUCUGUCCACUCUAUAUGAACUAUUACAGCAACAACAGCAAGAGGAAAUUCCUGUCUAUUUCCAAGAACUGGUCCGCCAGACCAUGGUGACAGUCAACCAAACCAGAGACAUUACGGCUCAAUUCAUGAAACACAAAACUAAAGCAUCAGAUAUGUAUACGAAUUGCCUUGUUGACGCAACACCACCACCCAGCAAGGACAAACAACACUACGCCAAACAGCACUUGCAAAACAAUCCCAAGUUGGCCCACCAUUGGGAUCUGCACAGAGUAUUUGGAGGGUCACAUUACUCUUCGGCAGUGGAUACCAAGUUGAACCGUCUUCUGGGGGGAGAUUCAACUACCGGUACCAACAAUAAACGGAACAACAAGAGAAGAAAGUUGUUACGCCAGUUUGGUCUCAACAUUCCGAGUGCCAACAUUCCCAGUCGGAGCAGCGUUCAAACACAGCAGCAAUCUACUCAAACUAAUACUCAGCAGCAGCAAACUAAUACUCAGGCUCAACCACAGCAGCAGCAGCAGCAAACUCAGCAACAACAGACUGGUGCUCAAACUCUACAACUCAAUCACGGUUCCAAUAUCCCCCAUGCCAAUAGCUUGCAACCGCAUCAGAUCACACCCCAGACGCCCCAGCAAGCCAAUCCACACGGGUCGUCUUGGAGAGCCCAGUUGAGUAGGGGUAGAAACUCACAGGCAGAAGAAAUCUCGGCAGAGCCUUCGGAAGCCAUGGUGGAGCAGUGUGUCGAGUUUGUGGAAUGUGUCAGAGACUAUACCCUCUACGACUUUCUCAUCUAUUUUGUAUGGGAUGACAUUACGGAUGAUGGAACGAUUGAUCAAGGUCGCAAUGGCAUGGAUCCAGAACGGAUCCUUGACAAGGCAGAGGACAUUCUCGAGGCUCUCGGUCAGUUCAAAGAUGAAUUGGAGGACACAGAGUACUUGCCGCAAAAGUGCAAUGGAAUGCUGCGUCUAUUCAAUCGCAACCAGGAACACGACGGAUACAUGGAAUUUGAACCGGCAACGUGGAAAGACGUCUGCGCCGCCAAAAAGACAUCCAAGUACGUUUCCUUUGAAUCCAUUCAGGAAUCCUUUGGAGAAGACGCGGCUGGUCAGGUGUUUGAAGACUUUAUCGUCUGCACCGAAAGACUCAUGGGGGAUGCGGCCUUUGAGGAACAUUCCAUCUUUUUUGACCAUGAAACCAACUAUCCGAGACUUCCCAUUGGAUUCAAACCCCAUGCGUUCGAUCGACACGGGCAAUUGACGAAUAUACACCACUAUUAUGAAUUUGGGACCUACCCCGUCUUUGACCAACGAUUUCCAUGCAUUGAAGAUCCCCACAAGGACUUGCGCGAUUUCAUGAUUGAGGCCAAUAGACCAUACCUCAGCGGCCAAACAGACACCUUUGUAGCCUCGAGACAUGAAGUAGAUCAGAAGAUUGCGUGUGAGGAACCAGAACAGGGCUUAUUAGCGAAUUGCUCCCUCUACCUGGAUGAUGAAUUCCAGUGCGAUGCGAGGUUCCGCGAAGAACCCGAACAGGGAGACAAAGAAAUCACGAGCAUUUAUUGGAACUUCGACCACAAAGACGACGUUGCUGAACUUCUCGUGGGAGAUAAGGUACCUGCCGGAUCUGUUUGCACUGUCACGGAACUGGAAGGAUUCUGCUGCCUUGACCUGCCUCUGCAGAACAAAGACGAGUGGGGGGCCACGUUUGAUUGUUCAGAAGGGGAAGAUGCCUGCACGAACCCCGCACCACCACUGGCUGGCUUUAGUGAGCAAACAUGCAGCAGGUUCUCAGGAACCUAUUGCAAGAAGCCAAAAGGAUGCGGCGUAUUGAAGGAGUGUAUCGAGGACGCGAUAAGCUUUGCGGAAGAGUUCGAUAUGACUGCGUACAAACGCUACUUGGAGGACGCACCCGAAAUUGAAGACGACGACUCACCGGAUGACUGCGGAGCGGCUCGGAGUUACUUUGGCUUUGAUGAAAGUUCCGAAAGCGAUGAUGACAUCUGCGAGGCCAUUUUGAGUUUGAUGGAUAACGAAGACUUCCAAAGACUGGACUACAUGGCGCAAACCAAGUCUCUUAAGCCGGAACUUGAUGACGAAGAAGAGCCUGAUGACCUGGACGAUCCACCGCCGCCUGAAAAGACUUCUGAAUACUACGAAGCUAUGAAUGAAGUGAUCUAUCGCGCUGAGUUGAAUGUUUUGGCGACAAAGGAUUUCUUCAAUGCCGCCGAUAGCUUCGACUGUGGAGCUUACGGCGUGGCUGGUUCACAGGAUUGUGCUUCGAUUCAAAAUGCCGUUGUCGCCACCAUCCUGUUUGCGCUGGGCAGAGUGGAACGGGCCCACUUGAGUUUGAAAUACAAUUUCGUUCAGGAGGAUGCUAUUUCCGACUACGACAUGGCACAGAUGUACAAUAACGUGAUGGUUAUUCACGGUAACCAAAAGAAGCUGUUUGAUCUCAUCGAGAAUCAGACAGAGGCUUUCCUCCAAGCAGCGGAGAAUGCAACGGAAAACGCGAUUUCGGCUGCAACUACCGCGAACGACGUGAAGGAUAUUGUUGAAUCCAUCCAGCAAUCAUUGCAGCGGUCACAACGCAGACUUGCAAGAGGCGACGACUGUGAGGAAGACUCUGUUGUGCCUACCCUAGAAGUUCCGCCAUACAUGGGAUUCAGGCGCAACGGUGUUGGCAACUAUACCGUAGAGGGAAGUAUCUUUAAAAGUCCCGACGAAGCCGUCAGAUAUCUGGAACAAUCGUUGACAGCAAGGGAUGAUCAUGCUGGCCCACCGGAAUUGGCAGUGCAAGUAUCGCCGAGCUCAGAUCCCGACCGAUGCUCCAUGUUGGCGAGUGCUGUCCCUGCACGUCUCAGGCACUGCAAUGGUAAAGAUCAACUGGGAAAGACAGAGUGGUUCAAAGUAUCGGUGGACCAGGAAGCCCCCGUCGUGAACUGCGGUUUUCAUUCUCAAAAGAUGGCCCGUUCCUCCAAUGACGGGAAAACCUUGUUCCUGGAGCAGCAGCCAGGAGUCGAAUUGGUUGAUACUGGCUUCUUCUUGGAGGCAAACGAUGCAUGUGACGCUUCCCUCCGAGUAGAAAUUGCUGUGGCAAGCAACGAGCUGACCCAAGAAUCGACGGCGAUGCUCGCAAGUACUCGCGGACCCAAUCCCAAGUUGUAUGUUGCCCCCUCAAAGUGCGACCAGGAAAGCUCCAGGUUUUGUGUGACAGGAGAGGUGGUUCCUACCAGAUACUACGAUGUAGUUGUGACUGCAACCGACAGUGCUGGUUGGCAGUCUUCGGACACCUGCCGGAUUGUGAUCAUGUCUUCGGAAGAGGCACGGGAGCUUCGGGGCACAACCACUGAAUAUGAAUCUGCUCAGGAUACGACUGUAUUCAACAUCGAUUCCCUGACGUUGACAACUGCAUAACAUAACAUCCAUUGAAUUGAAUAAACUUGCUUACCAUUAGGCAUUUGCACUGCACAGAAGCAGUUGGUGGAAAGCUCUGCAAGAAACCAUCCCACACCUUCACCAAGCACCCAACAACCACUUCGUUGUGACCAAAACCUAAGCUGCCGACGUGCACAUAAUGUUUACAGAAGAUACUCUUUCGAAGGUUGAUUUUCAAUUUGAUAAUAACUCUUUAGAUUGGCAAGCAU